CAUGCGCUUUGUUUUUUGACUGUUUUAAAGACUGCAUGGUCCGAUACAUGGACGACAAGAGAAAUUCAUUCUGAAGUAAAACGCCUUCGCGUUUCUCAAAGAACCAAGAUGAAGUUUAACAUGUGCUACAAAAAGUGCGUGUAAAUUGCAAGGGAAACUUAAACGAGACACAUUUUCUACAUUAGUUCAUUUUGUGUAAGAAAAACUUUCGAACGAUAGCGCGCAAAAGUUUUUUACUUUUUUCUAUUUUGAAAAAAUACCCACAAUAUUACGUUUAAAUUUUUAUUAAUGAUUAAGUAUUUUCUACUUUAUUGACAAACAGGCGGAAACAACACUAUGUCUUUGAGAAUAAUACUUUUUCCAUUUUGAGUGUAACGCAAGAAUGUGGUGGUUGUACUUAUCCCUGGUUUGGUGGUGUGGGACAGUUGCCGUUGCGGCUCCUGGAAUCUCCAAAUGGGUAUGCCCAGAAAUAGCGGAAGAGCCUGUGGUUGAAUGUAAUUGCGAUGUACCCCAUACAUUGAGAUGCACUGGGGACAAAACAGCUUUGGACAUUAUUGGACAAAAAUUACUAUCACUUAAUUCGUCAAUAUCAGUAUCGCUUCUUGACUGUACAAUUCAAAAUGUAUCCACCAUUUCUGGACCUCUUCUAGAAGGAAUAGCUCUGAAAGGUCUUGUAAUUUCUUCGGGGGAAAUAAAGGAGAUCCAUGGAAUGGCCUUUGGAAAGCUUGCCGCUCCUCUGAAAGCUUUAGGAUUGCCUAGUAAUAAACUCGUCACUGUUCCGACGCAUGCCUUAAGAUUUUUGUCCGGUCUUAAUAGAUUGGAUCUGUCUACCAAUAAACUUAGGAAAUUGGAGUCGCAAAAUUUUAAGGGUUUGGAAAAUUUAUCAUAUAUUGACCUAUCGAACAACGAAAUAUUACGGAUUGCUCCAAAUACCUUUUCCCAUCUGUUACAUCUCAGGGUACUUCGUUUACAAAACAAUCGCCUAACAGUUUCUGCCUUGUUUACACUCAACACAUUGUACUCCAUUGAAGACUUGGAUUUAUCCUCGAACUAUCUAGAUGGGCCCCUGGAUUCUCAGACACUUCCCAACAUUCCCUUUCUCCAGAACUUACAAUUGUCUCACAACUCCUUCAGUAGUAUAAAGAUGGGCGCUUUGGAAGGAUUGCCCAAUUUGCAGACGUUAUCGUUGCAUGGUAAUCAGAUAGAUGUACUGGAGGAUCACGCUUUCCUUUAUCUUUCCAAUUUGAAACAAUUGAAUUUAUCAAGUAACAGGAUCGUGGCGGUAUCAGGGGCAUCGCUUGAUCAUUUAAAAAAUUUAAUCGAACUCGACUUGAGUAGCAACUUUCUAAGGGCUGUUGCUGCAGACUUACUAACGCCAUUACAAAACCUAAGGAUAUUAAGACUGGACGAUAAUGAAAUUUCCAUUGUAUCAAGUGAUGCAUUUAAAAUGGGAAUUCUUCUUGAAAGACUGACAUUACGAGAAAAUCCCCUCAAUUGUGACUGUAAUCUUAUGGAUUUUGCCUAUUGGUUAUCGAAUUCAACAAUUCCGAAGGAAGACAAGAAGAGUGUCGUGUGUGCUACACCACCGUCUUUGGAGAAUGGAAUUUUAAUAGAAAUUCCAUCGAACGAACUACAAUGUGGUCACCAAGAACCGCUUCUUUCCCCAUUGAAUAUGCCUGUCAGAGCUCACAUCCAUUUAAGAAGCUUCAGCUUCGACGGUUCUAAAAUAGUUCUUGAAUGGUAUGUCGAAGAGGAAGCGAUUCCUUAUACGUGCGAUGCUCUCUUUGUUUAUGAAGAAGACGGGUCAAAAGAAGUUUUGCUCGAAUCGAAUCCUUUAAAGUGCAAUUCGUCCAACUUGAAAGAUCCACGUCUUUUGGAUGUGACUGUGCCAAAUUCAUUUGAAUUAUCGUUGGGUAAUAGGUACCGUUUUUGCGUGGUACUUUUAGAAUCCGCAACUCGUUCCGACGAACUAUCUUUGGCGUUGGGAUGCUCCGACGUUUUACCAUUGCUACCAAACGCUCCUCAUAAACGUGCAAAACCGUCACCAACAGCUCCUACGAUUCAAACAACUUUUACUUCGGAUGGUACGCUCACAGUUAAUGUAGAUGUAAAUCGUUCCGAGAAUUGCGAAGUCCAUUUGGCAUUAUUCCAAACAAAAGGUGCUUUGUAUCAGAAGAAAGUAAUGAAAUGUAGAAACGAUAGAUACAUUUUUGAAAAUCUUGAUGAAGACGUUUAUACAUUAUGCAUAAAUUUGUUGAAACCUAAUAAUAAUCGUGAUUUUAAAAACGAUCAAAAGACCCAGUGUGUUAGAGUGACCAAACAGCAAUCUACUCAAAUGAUACAGGGGGGAUCGCUUGCACUGAUAUUCGCUUUAGGAAGCAUCGGUGUAUUUUUAAUAUUUGCUGUGCAAAAGUGUUUUCAGAAAUCAAGAGUUGGGAGAUCUCAAUGCUUUAUAUCCUCUGAAGAAGAACGACCACACCAUAAUCGAUACGUAAAGUUGCAAGCUACAACAAAAGUGUAAAAGUGUAGUAACUUUAAAUUUUGUAAAUAGAUUUUUGUGCCAUAAGUGAACUGAAAUAAAAACAUAAUCAAUAAUUAAUUAAU